AUGGACUUGGCGGUGGCGGGCGGGCGCGCGCGGCCGCGGCCGCGGCGCGCCGUGCCUGGACAAGGACGCGGCGGUGGCGGGCUGCGCGCGGCCGCGGCGGCAGUGGGCGGGCGCGCGCCUCGCCUGGACGUGGUGGCGGUGGGCACGCGCCCACCCGGGCGGCGUGGGGACGCGGCGGCGGCGGCCCGGCCUCCGAGCUCUUUGUUUCCCGUCUCUCUCUCCGUCUGGCAGGGGCCCUCUCCAGCGGCCUUGAGCUUCGCCGGCGGCCCUCUCUCCCCACUCGCCCGUCAGGUCGCUGGGAUGGCACGCGAAGCAGCGGGGCUGCGGCGGGCGUGCGGGCAUGCGGGGUUGCGGCGGGUGUGCGAGCAGAGCGCGGCGUGGGCGCGCGUGCGGAUCCUCCCUGGUCUCGAGCUCCCCGGCAUUGAGGCUAUGGCCGUGGGCCGCCGGCGACGCCCCUGCGGCCGGAUCCAUGCGGUGGCUGUGGCCCGGGCGGCGCGCGUCAGAGCAGGGAAGGCCUUGGGCGAGCUCCGCGCUGCCGCAGGGCGGAGGCCGCGGCGCGCGGCGCGCAUCGGUGCGGAGGCGUGGAGGGGCGGCGGAGGCAGCGCGUGUAGCAGAGGCGCAGGACUGAGCAGCGGUGCGCGGAGGCCGUGGGGAAGAUGGGAUAGGGGAUGGGAUACAGUUGUCUGA